ACUCUGGGCGGGUCCAAGUGUCACUUUACGGCCCAUCUCCUCAGAACCGGAAGUUUUUCAGCAGCGAGCAGGAGAAGAAGGUAAACAGAGGUUCAGCUGUGUUAACAGUCUGGAUCUAAGCUGACAGCUGGUACCUCCCCGUCCUGAGCCAAUGCUGGAUCUGGAGGUUGUUCCUGAGAGAUCCCUUGGCAACCAGCAAUGGGAGUUUACCUUAGGAAUGCCCCUGGCUCAGGCUGUGUCCAUCCUCCAGAAACAUUGCAGAAUGAUCAGAAAUGUGCAGAUCCUCUAUAGCGAACAGUGUCCUUUGAAUCAUGACCUCAUACUUAGCCUUACUCAGGACGGGAUCAAACUGUUGUUUGAUGCAUUUAAUCAACGGCUAAAGGUGAUAGAAGUAUAUGAUUUGACAAAAGUAAAAUUAAAAUAUUGUGGAGUUCAUUUUAACUCCCAGGCCAUAGCUCCCACUAUAGAGCAGAUCGAUCAGUCAUUUGGAGCAACGCAUCCAGGCAUAUACAACUCAGCAGAACAACUGUUCCACCUCAAUUUUCGAGGUCUGUCCUUUUCCUUUCAACUGGAUUCCUGGACGGAAGCACCCAAGUAUGAGCCCAACUUUGCCCAUGGGUUGGCAUCACUUCAAAUACCACAUGGAGCCAUGGUGAAACGCAUGUAUAUCUACAGCGGUAACAGUCUCCAAGAUACAAAAGCUCCAACAAUGCCUUUGGGAUGCUACAUGGGCAAUGUAUAUGCGGAGAGUGUGGAUGUCCUACGAGAUGCAUCUGGUCCUCUAGGUCUGAGACUCCGUCUGCAGAGUACAGGUUGUGGUCCGGGUGUAAUGGCCGAUGCUAAGCUGCGUGUAUCUGAGCGGUGUGUGUAUUUUGGAGACUCAUGUCAAGAUGUGAUGAGCAUACUCGGAGCUCCACAUAAAGUCUUCUACAAGUCCGAGGACAAGAUGAAGAUUCAUUCCCCGUCCCCCCACAAGCAAGUCCCAGCAAAGUGCAAUGAUUAUUUCUAUAACUAUUUUACUCUGGGUGUGGAUAUUCUUUUUGAUGCAAAUACCCACAGGGCCAAGAAGUUUGUUUUGCAUACAAAUUAUCCUGGACAUUACAACUUUAAUAUUUAUCAUCGUUGUGAUUUUCGGAUUCCUCUAACUGUGAAGAGAGACGGCUCAGAAACACAAACAGAAAUCUGCACCACGUACAGUAAGUGGGAAAGUAUUCAAGAACAUCUAGGGCACCCAGUGGAGAAGCCAGUCGUCCUUCACAGAUCGUCAUCGCCAAACAACACAAACCCGUUUGGAUCAACUUUUUGUUUUGGUCUGCAGAGAAUGAUUUUCGAGGUGAUGCAGAACAACCACAUAGCAUCAGUCACCCUUUAUGGCGCCCCAAGAGCCAGCGGUCAGCAGAAAUCCUCCGGGCUCAGCCAGUAAGCAUGGAACAGCGGGUGGGGUGGUACAGCCCAGUGUGCCUUCACUUGCUGACGGAUACUCACACAAGACUCAGCUGUGUGUGCUGUUGGCAGAGAGGCAAGGAGCUGCAUGGAUUGUGGGUGACUGCAGCUGCUGCCUCAUUUCCAGUUCCUGCCGGGCAUCAUCCUCAUUGCAGCCAGCGUGCCCUCCAUAUCCCCGUGACCUCCUCCAUAGAAUGUCAGGGUCAUCAGGGAGCUCUCUGCUGCGCAUAAAGCACAAACAUGCACGAGCCAUGUGCAGGAACAAGGUGUAGGAAGCCUUUGUGUUGGUGUUCUUAAAUUCACGUUGUAAUCACAUCUUUAUAUAAUAAUAUACGUGGAUAUGUAAACAGUCUAACGUAAAUGUUGUGUGUGUGUGUGUGUGUGUGUAUAUAUAUAUAUAGAUUUAUAUAUACAGCCACACAUUCAGGUACUACAUCAUGUGACUUUAAAAAUAGACUACACACAACCUACCGUUUAGAAUCUGUGUGUUUGUGCGCAAAAGAAAAUCUGUUGCCCCUUCCCCACAUCACAGGCUUCUGUUCCUGAUGCUACUGAUUCAUAAUGGAUCUUUAGUAUUCUUUUCCUGAGUAACUGCCAUGGUUAAGAGCAUUUAAAGGGGAAGUAUUUAUCUUAAAUCAUUUUUUUCUAAGUUGUACAUAUUAUGAGGGGGGGGGGCAUGCUGAUCUCAGCUUUUGAAAAGAUCAUGAUUAUCCGAAGAGGCUGUCUAACAUUGUAAGCCUAGAAAGGAUAGAAUACUUCCCAUUUAGGCGAUUCUACAGAUUCUUUAGAGUCCAAGCUCAGGUUCGAGUGCUGGAGUCAUGUAGCUUUAUCAAUUUGCUGCCAAAAAAGCACUACAUGGCACCCUGCGGGGUUAAUCAUACACAUGCUUCGUCCAUCUAAGAGUUCCCACAGCUAAAAUGUAAAUGUGGCAGCCGUUUUGUUGGUAGGCUCGGUAGUCAGUGAAAAUCUCAGUUCUCUGGGGGGUGCUGGCAUCACCGAGGCAUGAAACACAAAUGACGAACUUGAGAAACUGCUCUUAGCAAUGUGUCAAAAGCAGCCACAUAGGGGGAGAUUUAUUAAAACUGGAGCACUCAGAAUUUGGUGCGGUGGUGCAUGGUAGCACAUCGGCUUCUAACUUCAGCUUGUUCAAUUAAGCUUUGGCAAUAAAGCAUGGAAGCUUAGUGGUUUUCUAUGCAGAGCUGCACAAGAUUUCACACACUCUAGUUUUAGGAAAUCUCCCAAUAGUGCAAUAUUGCUGUAUGAUACCCAGUGUGCAUGUUGUGGAUGAGUAUACAUUAGUCUUCAUCAGUCAGCCUUCACAUGAGCUGUGCUGACAGUAUGAUCAGAGUUUGGGAGGUCCCAAGUGCACAACACCUUUCCUAGGUAGAACCCCAACCCUUUGAGCAACUUCGGCUGGGUGGAGAAGUGCUGUAACAAUAAGAUCCCCCAUGGCAGAACCACUAAUAGCCAGCAUAGAAAUGCUUCAGUAUACAUCCGCUGUGCUUCGUCAUAUAAUAUCACAGAUCGGACUGCAGUCACCAGCAGCGCCGCCUUGGGAUAAUCUUGUUACAGCACCUCUGCCCAGUACGCUUUACUGUGAGUGAUACUAAAGUCACAAGGAGCAAGUUUCCCAACUGGUUCCAGGCCAAAUUUGAGCCGUGAGUGACUUGUUUGCAUUCUCCUACCUGACCUCAUUUAUUCUGAAAAUCAAAGAAGCCGGGUGGUCAGAUUGUCACCUGAACAGCAGCUGCAUCCAAUCCAAUGCAUCCACUGUUUGGGUUUUUUGAAAGGCAUGGAUGUCGGCUGUCAUAAUACAGUAGUAGGCAAAGGAGAUUCAGCCACCCACACUAUAUUGUAUAGACGGGGAAUAGAUUGACAUCUCUUGUUCAGCCCAUGACACUGAACAAGCAAAAUCUUAAAGCGGAGUUCCACCAAUAUAAAAGUCAGCAGCUACAAAAAAAUUAGCUGCUGACUUUUAUUAAUCGGACACUCAUCUGUUCCAGGUUCCAGCAAUGCGGGCGUAUGAAGCCCUGCUCGUCUCCACCUCCUCAAUGCGGCACCGGCAUCGUGACUGUGGGCGCCCGGCUGCGCUCUGUGAUUGGCCGGGCAAUUGUAUGGGACUUGUGACGUGUCCCAGAUGAUUGUCGAGAGGCGCCGCGGAGCCCCGGGAGGAAGUGGGAGCUGGAACCCUCUAAAAAGAGGGUUUGCGCUCUCCCACCAAAAAAUUUACAUGCCAAAUGUGGCAUGUCAGGGGGUCUCCUUCCCUUAAAGCGGAAGUUACAUUUUUGGGUGGAACUCCACUUUAAGUGUAUGGCCAUCUUAAAGUGGUUGUAAAGCUUUUAUUUUUUUAUUAAAAAAAAGGGUUGCCUGCUUUGUGCAAGGAGUGGCAACUUAACUCUUUUAGGAUUCCCCACUGGUGCUUUCUGCUCCCACGCUUCUCCGAGUGCCCCCAUAGUAAGCCAGCUGCUAUAGGGAUGCCCGUGACCAUAGAUGCACACAGUGUGGCUCUGCCCCACCACCCACUCCCUCCUCACAGAAUUUGACUGACAGCAGUAGGUACAAAUGGCUCCCAUUGCCAUCAGAGUCUCCUGUUAAUACAGGAAGAGUGGAGAAGAGUUACUGCACAGGGGCAUGGCACUGGAUCUAGAAAGGAUAAGUGUUGAGGGGAGGAUCUGCUAUUUUAAGUUUUUUUACCUAAAUGCAGAGAAUGCAUUAGGGUAAAACAACUUUUGCCUUUAGAACCACUUUAAGAGGCAGCAAAGACUUAGAGGGCCAUAGUGCCUCUUUCUACAAACUUGAAUAUGAUGUAGUGGAUGGGGCGCUCACAAACACAGGGUGUUGCAUACAAUAGAACUGCUGGUUGGCAUCUUUUUGCUUUUUGCUUGCAGCUAGUUUCAACAAAAGGAGGUAAAAAUCAUGAUUGGUUAUGUUUAAAGCUGCUUACAUUUAUGACACAUUGAUGUCUUUUAAUCAGACGGGCAUCUCUGCUAAUACAGAGUAUUAGCACAGUAACCUAUGGCGGCCAAUCAGAGUUAAGCAUUUGGCACAGGAAUAAAUAUAAAUUACUGAUUUUUGCUAGCACACAUUCCCUCUAUGCUAUAGCUUAGUAAAUAAUCCCUUGCAUUAGUCAGUAACAGGACAUUAUACCUCGUGCCUCUGUUGUUGCCUGUUCCUAGUAAACUGAUGGCCCUGAUACUCGGUCCUCUCACACAUUCACUGCCUCCUCAGUGUAUGCAACAGGUACUCUUUACAAAGGGUAUCAUGAGUUACUCCUCAUUUGAGCCGUAACCUGAGAAUCUCGCAGCCUUUCCAAUAAAUGUGCAUUGUUUGCAGCCUGCCCCAUCAGUGAGGAUAAGCAUGCAAAAAUAAGAUGCUUGCCUUUUUUUUUUUAUUUGUAUUUAAUUUUUUUUCUAGCCAUUUGCACUACAUACACUUUACUUGAUCAGUCAAUGUGUUCACUGAACAUCAUCUGAGGGAUCUUAUGGACAUUCGGAUGUUGAGCGUAAGGCUUAUUUAUAUGGUGGGAAAUUAACCUUCUCCCUGCUUUCCUGCACUAAUGAUUACUUGACAAGCUUUUUUUUUUCUUAUUAUAUUACACCCCUUCAUCUCUGUUAAUGAUUUUGUUUUCAUACCCAUUUAAUUGUGACUUGUAACUUUUUUUUAUUUUUUAUUUAAUAGCUAUAGUAAUUACUCCACUUGAAUCUUUUUAGUUGUGGUAUUUUUAAGCAAAUCCUUAAAACAAUUUUUUAUUUUUUUUUGCUUUUCUAAUGUAAUAAAGUUCUCAGAAAGUCUUAUAGUUAGUUAGUUAUUAGUACAGUGUUCCAAACUGAGGCCAAACAAGCCCAUUUGCACCUUUUUGUCAGAACACCUUUCCCCUCUUACAUACAAUAGCCAAAGACCGGAUCUGCACGUGCGUUGGGAAUUCUCUUUACUUUAAAAAAUGACGAAUUCCUCCACGGUUCAUGUCGCUUGACAUUGUCACAGUCGCUCUAGAUGGAAAAUUUGGAGUACAUUUCUGGAAUAUUGUAGUCCAUUUCCAACAAAGCCUCUGUACAAAUCCUGUAAUUUUGUUUAGGUGGAGGGUGAUACUUGAAGCCUCUGCAGCCCUGUAAAAAAUAAAAAAAAAGUCAAAUUUGCUGCCUUAUUCUUUAAAUGCUAGUUGCCUGCCUCCCAUGUUGAAAUAUUGGCUAACUGUUGUAGUUGUAGGCACUGUGGAACAAUUCAUCCCCAAAUUGAAAGCAGAAGCCCUGAAUUUGUUAAAGUUGCUCUCGGUAGCUCAGCUUACCCUUCUCUACCUCCCUGCAGUGACCCAGCAGCCCUCUAAUCUCUUAAAGCAGAAAACCAGAGCUCUUGGAGGGGUUGCAGGGUGAACUGAGCCGCUGAGAGAAAGUACUUGAAGUGGAACUUCAACCAAAGGAGAAGUUCUGCUUUUCCUCCUUCAACCCCUAUCUCCUCUCGCAUAUUUGAAAUGUCUUUUUUGGGGGGGCAGAUACAUGAUUUUGACAAGUACCCGCUCCCACUUUGUCAUAUCGUCGCAGCCAUUCAAGUGGUAGAUCUCCCCCCGUUCCUCCAGACUGCAGUACUAUUCACUCUGCACGGCUCGCAGCCUCAACCCCUUCGUCGUCUGCCCACAGUUAAGAUGCCAGCGCCUGGACCCGAAGACUGGCAAAGAGCCGGGGUCGGUGAGGAUGUCACUGAAUCCUGGGACAGGCAAGUGUACGUUUUUUUUUAAACGGCAGCAGCUACAGUAUUUGUAGCUGCUGACUUUAACAUUUUUGUUGACAGGGUGAAGGUAUUCUUUUAGUGCUUCUGUUCUGAACAUUGAGAUGAAUUUCUCCACAGUGCCCACAGCUACAAAGAUAAGUGUGGGCCUUAUUUUAAAGUUGAUUUAAUGCUAGUUAAGAAUAUAUAAAAUACUGAAUUUAAACAGCAGAGCUGCAGAGAUCUCUGUGUUGUUACACAAGGCUUCCCGCAUCCACCCAGCUUCACCAGAAAGAAUAGGAUUUGGUGGAGGUGUACUGUAAACCUUUCUUGAUAUGUCCUUUUUAUGAUCUUCAAUAAGAUAUCUCCUAAACCUGUGGCCAAGCUACUCCCAGUUUACCACAGGCAGAGUGACCUGUAGCAUUCUAUGUCAAGGUUUGUAAACUGUUCAUAGCAAAAGACAUUUUCAGCAAGAACCUGUUCCCUAUUCCUACUAGAGCAGUGGGGGGUACUGGAGGGGAGAGACUGUCUAUGGUAUAAUUCCCAUUUGUAAUAUUUUGCUGUAAACUUGUGAUACAUGGACAAAUUUUUGUGUGUUUUCCACAGAAACAAAAUUGUACAGAUUUUGUAUAUAAUAUUUUUUGUAAGACUAACUUGUGUGUAGCUUAUAUUGACACACAGGUGGAGAGCCAGAAUGAAAAAGAGAAGGGCACCCCAGGACCAGAGAGCAGUGCAGGAAUUUGUCUUCUUGGUUCAGUCAUUGUGUGGCCUGCAUCUCUGUCGGAGGUUCAGGUCUUGUCACCGAUUCAAAUGUACACUUUUCUAACAAGUUUUCAGCAGCGAGUUUAUUUCAGUUCACAGAUUUGAAUUGAUGUCCUCUUGUAUGGUAAGGGUAAAUAUCCUGUGUGAAAAGCCUCCAUGUUCUUUACUAAGAAAGCCGUGGAAGUAGUAGUCUUUCCUGCAGGUCAGGGAAAGGCUGCUUCUCUCUCUGAGGUUUCUCAUGUGGUCAAUUUUGUUUCAUGAUCUAAUCCUCUAAAAAUAACAACAUACAACGUACAUUAAAAAUACCGGCAAACGGUACAUAAAUGGUUAAUUGAAUACUACACUGUACUGACGCUACUUGACUGCACGGAGUAUAGCAAGGCAUAGGUGUACAAGGGUGGUCAGAUAUACAGGAAUUAUCCAUCCACCCUAAGGGUAAGUCUCUUGGCAGGCUGUCCCAUAAACAUGUACGUUUUGAAUUUGCUAACUAAUGAAUUGUACCCAUGAGUGAAUAUUUGUAGCUGGAAUCUCCUAGGUGUCUGCUGACCUAGAGAAACAAUUGUGAUUAAAAAAAAAAAAA